GGGUCACGUGAGCCGGCUCCAAAAUGGCGACCGCGUCCGCCGGCUGGGGGUUGGAGGCGGAGGAGUUCGAGGAUGCCCCUGAUGUGGAGCCGCUGGAACCCACGCUGAGCAACAUCAUCGAGCAGCGCAGCCUUAAGUGGAUCUUCGUCGGGGGCAAAGGCGGCGUGGGCAAGACCACCUGCAGUUGCAGCCUGGCAGUGCAGCUGUCCAAAGGGCGGGAAAGCGUCCUCAUCAUUUCCACCGACCCAGCCCACAAUAUCUCCGAUGCCUUCGACCAAAAGUUCUCCAAAGUUCCCACCAAAGUCAAGGGCUAUGACAACCUUUUUGCCAUGGAGAUCGACCCCAGCCUGGGAGUGGCAGAGCUUCCUGAUGAGUUUUUCGAGGAGGACAACAUGCUGAGCAUGGGCAAGAAGAUGAUGCAAGAGGCAAUGAGUGCCUUCCCUGGCAUUGAUGAGGCCAUGAGCUAUGCUGAGGUCAUGAGGCUUGUGAAAGGGAUGAACUUCUCCGUGGUUGUAUUUGACACGGCCCCCACCGGCCACACCUUACGGCUGCUCAACUUCCCCACUAUCGUGGAACGAGGCCUAGGCCGGCUCAUGCAGAUCAAGAACCAAAUCAGCCCCUUCAUCUCCCAGAUGUGUAACAUGCUGGGCCUGGGUGACAUGAAUGCCGAUCAGCUGGCGUCCAAACUGGAAGAAACGUUGCCUGUCAUCCGCUCCGUCAGCGAGCAGUUCAAAGACCCGGAGCAGACCACCUUCAUCUGCGUGUGCAUUGCUGAGUUCCUGUCCCUGUAUGAGACCGAGCGCCUCAUCCAGGAGCUGGCCAAGUGUAAGAUCGACACCCACAACAUUAUCGUCAACCAGCUGGUGUUCCCCGACCCCGAGAAGCCUUGCAAGAUGUGUGAGGCCCGGCACAAGAUCCAGUCCAAAUACCUCGACCAGAUGGAAGACCUGUAUGAAGACUUCCACAUCGUCAAGCUGCCGUUGCUCCCCCAUGAAGUGCGAGGGGCCGACAAGGUGAACACCUUCUCCAGCCUCCUGCUCGAACCCUACAAGCCACCCAGCACUAAAUAGCCACCUCAACCCCAUGGGACUUCUCCGGUUCUGACCAUUCCACUCCACACCCCCGGCCCACAGCCUGGCAGAUGACGGAUGAGGGGGGCGGGGGAGGGGGAAGAAAGAGGGAGGAGCAGGGGCACCCACCCCAGCAUCAACCUUUCAGCGACUCCCCCAGCCCUCCCCUUCCCCAGAGCAGCAGUUUCAGCAGUGGUCCAGGUGGCCUGCAUGGCCACCUGUGGUCGCUGCCCUUGGGGAGGGGAAGGGGAGAGGGUAUUUAUUUUCUUUACGGGGGCCAGGCCGGAGUGAGGUUUGAUUUGGUUAAAAAUACUCUUCUCUCCUUCCCCUCCAGGAGCCAGGGCUCUAGUUUUGGCAAAGGGCAAGUGCCCUGUAGUGCCCACUCCUCCCCCUCGCCAUCCCCACGGCCUCCCCUUCUCCCAUUCCUCCCCACUUCUGUACCACCAUUCAGUUCUCUUCAAUAAAGAAAACUAAUUACCGGU